AUGAACACAUACCUAUUCAAUGAUAUCAAAGAUGAACUGCUUGGCAAGGAGUCAAAUGUAGCAGAAGCAACAGCAACUGCUAAUACCCUUGCGGAUAUAUCCACUCUUAUAGCCCAGCAAAGUAAAAAUUAUGGCACUAUCAUGGAAGGGACUGAACCGGCAGAAAAAAGAUCGAGACGUGGUCGUGUGGCAGAACAUCCGUGUUGGGAAUUGGUACAACGAGUGGAUGAGCAUAAUUGCAUGAUUUGUAGGAUAUGCUCUAAAGUGGUGAAGUGUUUGAAUACUCGAAAUGCAAUGCAGCACUUUAGCAGUUGUCAUCCUCAAAUAAGUUUUCAGUUUUUUUUUCAAAUUGCUGUUGAACUUGAUCAAUCUUGGCAAAUGAAGCUACAACUGAAAGCAGAUUUUAAUCGUAUGUCAACGGAAACUUCUUUAUUUCAUAGAAACAUGUGGAAAAGACGAGGUCGAGCUGCUGAACAUCCAAGCUGGCGUUAUUUUUGUCGAAUCAAUCGUAAAAGUUCUAAUUGCAAGUUGUGUGGCGUACAUGUAGCAUAUGCAUGUUCUGGUAAUUUGAUGAAACACUUGAAAUCGAGGCAUCUUACGGAAUUUGCUAUAACUCAACGAGAGUGGGAAGAGAUUUUGAAGAGAAAAAAGCAGCUCUGUGAGUUACGACUUAAAGUAAAUGCAAACGGAUCCGGGUCUGAAGAACAGUCACCAUCUAAUUUUUUAUCUUAUGAUUAUGAUGAAGAUGAACAGAAUGAAGGUUUAGAUGGAGGAAAUGGAUUGGAAGAAGAAGAGGAUGGCAAGUUAUUAGAUUCUCUUAUUAUUCUUUUACUUGAUGUAAUAUAUUUAGGUAAUAUUGAGCUUUUGGAACAAAAUAACAGCAACAGUGAUAACGGAGCGAUAUCUAAUGAUCCACAGGUAAAAUUGGAUAGUUUUGCUGAUCAAGCACUCUCUGACCAACAAGAUACAGCACUUCUGGAUGAUGCAAAAGUGACAGAUGUUAGUGAAACAGCUAAUAGAAUUCUGCAAUCAAUUGCUUUUUCAUCCAAUCCACCUCAGAUAACUUCUCCAAGCUUACAACCAAAGGGAUCAUGGCUCAAUCACACUUCAUUUGCUCUUAAAAAUGAUGCAUUCAGAAGACGUAUCAGUUUUUUCGGUUAUCUUUAUCUUGUAAAUGGAUUAGCAGAAGACUUGGCAUCGUUUCCAUUGCAUAAGUCGUUAUUGUGCAUGCGUCAAAUUCGAAAGUACAUGGAUGAAAAAUUAAUUGGAUUGGAAGGAAGUAUACAGAACUCUGAAGUAGAUACUAAUGAACCGGAAAAGGCGCUAGAUGUAGAAACUUUGUCUACUGCAAAUACUCUAGUUGAUAUAUCUGCAAUCAUUUCUCAACAGUUUAAUAAUUGCACUGAAAAUCCUGAUGAUGGGAUAGUGCGAAACUUAGACCAUCCAUGCUGGGAUUACAUGCACAAGUCCGAUGAUCCUGAUACAAUGAUUUGCCGCAUUUGCACACAGGGCGUUAAGUCUGAUGGUACUCAAAAAGUUAUGGAGCAUUUUUUAACUUGUCAUCCUCAGAUUGCUGCAGAGCUUGAGCAGUCAUGGCAGUUAAAAUCACAGCUAAAAAUGCCUGUAAAUCGGUCAGCAGAUGAUCCAUUACCUGCCAAAGAAAGUUCAGAGAGACGCAGUGGACAUGGCACAGAACAUCCAUGCUGGCGUUAUUUCACCCGAAAUCGGAAGAGUGCUGAUUGCAGAUUGUGUGGCACUCAUGUGGCUUAUGCCUGUUCUGGAAAUUUGAUGAGGCAUUUGAGAUCAAGACAUGUUUCGGAAUCAGUCAUAACCCAACGGGAAUGGGAAGAAAUCCAGAAAAGAAAAAAGCAGCUUUGUGAGCUAAGAUUGAUGGCUUCUGCUAAUGCAUGUGGUUCGGAAGAACAGGCCGUAUCCAAUUCCGUUAUUUAUACGUAUGGUGACGAAGAACAUGAUAGCGGUAUGGCAGGGGUUGGGGAAGAAUAUGUUGUUUCAGGAAAUAAUGAACAUGAUGAACAACGUUAUAGAAAAGAAGGUAGUUCUUCAUCUAGUGGUAAGCCUUCUAUCAGUUGCUUUAGCAUAUCAAAACAUUUUUCAGCAAGCGAUAUAAAAUUAAAUGGUGGAGGGUUAGAUUCUGCUAGCAGAAACUCUCAGUCAUUUGUUAACUCUCACAAUUUAUCUCUCGAACCAUCAGAGUUUUAUAGUAAAUGCAUAUUUCAGAAGCAUCAGCAAAAUUCAUUGCUUUUAGUCAGUAGUGGGCGUUUUCGGUACUCCAGUCACGGCAGAAGUACGGCAUUUCAUAAACGAAUUAGCUCUUUUAUCGGUGGACUUGCGGAAGAGUUGGCAUCAUUUCCAAUGCAAAAAUCGUUAAUUUGCAUGAGGAAGAUUAGAAAAUUUAUGGAUGAACAAUUGCUUGAGUUGGAUGAUAUUGGGCAAAGUUUUGAUGAUGAUCCUGGAAUAUGA